AUGGACCCCGAAUACAACGGUAAUGGCACGUACGGAGGCGGAAAUGGCAUCCAAGACGGCGGCGCGAUGCGACCCAGCUCGGAAGGCGUUCAGCACUAUGCGCCGGCACCCCCAACCAUGGGAGCAGACCCCGCGACGACUAAAGCGGUUGACGAAGUCUUGUACUCAGAUAUUGGCGUCAGCACGCUCCUCAACCGCCUAAAACAGUCCAUCGCAUCCGCCAGAGACUUCGCCGGCUUCCUUAAAAAGCGCUCCUCCCUCGAAGAAGACCACGCCGCCGGGCUCAAGAAGCUCAGCCGCGCGACGCAAGAAACCAUCCGCCGCGCCGACGCCCGUCACGGCAGCUAUGCCGACCAAUUCGGCCUCAUCACUAGCGUGCACGAGCGCAUGGCCGACAACGGGAUGCAGUUCGCGCUGUCGCUGCACCAGAUGCACGAGGACCUCACCGAGCUCACCAACAACAUGGAGCGCGGCCGCAAGCACUGGAAGCACACGGGCCUGGACGCCGAGGGGAAGGUCAACGAUGCCGAGAGAUUGGUUGAGAGGGCGAAGGCAAAGUACGACAGCUUGGCUGAGGAGUACGAUAGGGUGCGCACGGGGGAUCAGGGGUCGGGGAAGAAGUUUGGGCUCAAGGGCCCCAAGAGCCAGGCGCAGCAGGAGGGCGAGCUGAACAGAAAGUUGCAGGCUGCUGAUGCGGACUAUGCGGCUAAGGUGCAGACCGCGCAGGUGCAGAGGAAGGAGCUGCUGGAGACUGGGAGGCCAGAGGCGGUUAGGGCGAUCAUGAUGCUGAUCGAAGAGUGCGACUCCGCGUUGACGCUGCAGCUGCAGAAAUUCGCUGCCUUCAAUGAGAAGCUCUUGCUGGGCAACGGCAUAUGCGUCUCUCCGCUCAGGAACCCGAAUGAGCCGGCGCAACUCAGCUUGCGAGACAUGGUCGCCAAGAUCGACAACCAGCAUGACUUCAAUAGCUUCAUAGUAACCCACACACCCAAGAUUCCGACGCGGUCAGAAGCGAAGUAUGAGCAGCACCCAACUCUAGCGUCAAAGCAAGGAACCACGCCGCAAGCAAACCGGCAGUCCAUGCACCUCAACCUUUCUCAGCCGCCACCAAGCUUCAACGCACAGGUACCGCAGCAAGCUCCACCUCCAAUGCAACCAGACUAUACAUCUUAUCAACCCGCAUUCCCCCAACAGCCCCCGCAGCAAACUGACUACCACUCUUCUCUUUCCCAACAGCAGCAACAGCAGGCGCAGGCGCAGGGUUACUCUCCUCAAAGCCUAAACUUUGGCGGCGGUCCGCUCCAGCAGAUGCAGCAGCAACAAACGUAUCUACCGGAGAAGGCCACCUACGACAGCCCGCCGACAAAGCCUGUCUUUGGCUUGCGGCUGGAUGAUCUGUUCAAACGAGAUGGUUCGCCGGUGCCGAUGGUGGUGUAUCAGUGCAUACAGGCGGUGGACCUGUAUGGUUUAGAUGUUGAGGGGAUUUACAGGGUCGGUGGGAGUCAGCAGCACAUACAGCAGAUGAAAGCCAUGUUCGACAGCGCCGACGGCCACGCAAUCGACUUCCGCGACCCCUCCUCCUUCCACCACGACGUCAACUCUGUCGCCGGCCUACUCAAGCAAUUCUUCCGCGACCUUCCCGACCCGCUGCUCACCUCCGAGCACUACGCCGCCUUCAUCGACGCCGCGCGCAUCGACGACGACAUUGUGCGCCGCGACUCCCUGCACGCCAUCGUCAACGGGCUCCCCGAUAGCAACUAUGCGACGCUCAGGGCCGUCGUGCUGCAUCUGAACCGCGUGCAGGAGCAUGCGGAGAGGAAUAGGAUGAGUGCGAGUAAUUUGGCCAUUUGUUUCGCGCCGACGCUUAUGGGACCACAUCGCGGCGCCAUGGCGGAUGCGGGAUUGCAGGCGAGGGUCGUGGAUACGAUUCUGGUCAAUACGCAUCAGAUCUUUGAUGAGGAUUAG